CCCUAUAUUUGGUCUGAAAUGAUGAAAUGUUCCAAUAAUUUCAAGAAUGGAAAUAUUUCUAUUAGAUUCUACCGAACUGGUCAGGGACUUGCCGGAACCUUCAACUGAUCUAUGGAUCGGUAGAAUUGCGUUCAAAAACCCAUCCAGCGGCGGUCCCGACAUGGGCAACUGCGAGAUCUGCGGCAAGCCGGAACUGCGCGCCAAAAUGAAGCGAAAACGCUUCUGCAGCGUCGACUGCGCCCGGGCGGCCAAGCAAAACUCCACCGACCAGGUCUCGUCACCGGCGCACAACGGAACGGCCUCCGCCACGGCGGCUGGAAACGGAGAAUCGGUCACGACGACGUCGUCGUCCACGGCGGUUAACCCGGUGGCGCCGUCCAAUAUAAAGUUGGAGCGGAUGGAAUCGAUGGACACGACGCCUUCGGCGCCGCCACAGUUUGCGGCGGUGACGCCCGCGAUGGACGCGGGUACGGCUACGGUUGCGGCAACGCCGCAAGCUGCGGCGGCGGCGGAUGACACUCCGGUCAUCAUGAAGUGGACCGUGCACGAGGUGUGCGACUUUAUCAAGAAUCUGCCCGGCUGCAGCGACUACGCGGAGGACUUGAUUCAGGAGAUUGAUGGGCAAGCGUUGUUGCUGCUCAAGGAGAAUCACCUGGUGAACGCGAUGGGCAUGAAGCUCGGACCGGCGCUCAAGAUUGUGGCCAAGGUGCAAGGCCUGGUGGCGAGCACGGCGCCCGAGGGACAACAGAUGCAGUAGACUGUGUACUAUAAUUUAAUCACUAUUAUUAGUUUAGUUUUGUUCGUUUUCCCCCUUUUUUGUACAUCAAUCUUUCUGUACAUAAGAAAAAAACCCUUUGUUGAUUAGGAUUUAGCAUUAUUAUUUGCUUUUUAGAAAACUCUAGACGUUAGUUGCACAUAAUAGACUUGUAGAGCGCACUCGGAAUUAGACUUAAGUUACAGAGAUGACUAUUAGACUUUAAUUUAUUUUUACCGCGUAAUGUAGCGAAAUGUCCUUAUUCAAAUCUCAAAUCUGCAGCAAAAUAAAAGUCAUUUUCUAAUUGUGUAAAUAUCAACCAUUUUUCCAAGUAGUCUUACGAACACCCCUUGAAGCUUAACAUUGUAGAAUUUAAAAGUUUUAUAAAGAAAACAAACAAACGAAUCAUUGAAACGCACUGAAAAUCUGCUAAGAAGCAACAACGUGAAUAAGAAAUAGAAGAAAACUUGCCAAAUUUUUGUAAUGGUAGUUGCUUCGUCGCGAAAGAAAACGGAAACAAAAAAUCUAAAAAACAAACUCUUCUAAAAGAUAGCAUAUGAUACACUUGUAUUGAUUAAAAGCUAAGCAGUGAAAAUGAUGUCACUAUUUGAAUGUAAUUCAUUAUUGCAAACAUUUCAAAAAUAAAGAAAAUAUGAUGUAAUUUAAAA